GCACAAGCACGUCACCACCAGCCCUCACAACCCCCCCAACGCAACCAUGCUAUCCGGAAUCCAAAAUGUACGGCAAACAGCCAUUCAGCUGCUCAACUUUGGGCUGGUCCUGAGCACUGCAUUUAUGAUGUGGAAAGGUCUCUCUGUCCUCACCAACUCCCCCAGUCCGAUAGUAGUCGUCCUCAGUGGCUCCAUGGAGCCCGCUUUCCAGCGCGGAGAUCUCCUCUUCCUCCGGAAUACGCAACCGACGCUGAACGUUGGAGAGAUCGUGGUGUAUCAGGUCAAGGAUAAGGAUAUUCCGAUUGUGCAUCGGGUGGUGAGGCAGUUUGGGGAGGGAUCCGAAGCCAAACUACUCACGAAAGGCGACAACAAUAUCGCGGAUGAUACGGAACUCUAUGCGCGCGGACAGGAUUACCUCGAUCGGGACGAUGUCGUGGGAAGCGUGUUUGGGUAUAUUCCGUUUGUGGGGUAUGUGACGAUUCUUCUGUCGGAGCAUCCGUGGUUGAAGACAGUGAUGUUGGGGGUUAUGGGGUUGUUGGUGCUUUUGCAAAGGGAGUAAUGGGGUAGGAGUUCGUUUUCUGGAUCUGGAUUCUUUUCUGCCUGGUUUGUUUGUCAGGGUAUUUUUUUUUUGGGUUUUGGGGUUAGCUGGGUUAAUAAAUGCAUAUUGGGUUGCGGUUCAUUCAAGUGCGGUUGUGUUUGUUGUAGGGUGGUUGUAGGUUUGGUGCUGGAGUGUGUUCGGAGCAGUAACUGGUUAAUGAUGCGAUCGGGAAUGGAACAGAGCUACUUAGUAUGCUUUGUCGGAGACUUGGUCAAGUUGAUUGUC